AUGACAAAGGAAAGCAUAAUUGGCACAUUCAAUAUUAAAGAAUUUGGUGAAAAAAAAUUUAAUAAUGAUGACGUAAUGAAAAUCAUUGUCAAAAUUCUUAAGCGAUAUGAUAUUGUUCUUUGCCAAGAGGUUCAUUUAUCUGAAGAACUGAUCAAACAACUUGUUGACAAAGUAUCAACGUCCUCUAUUCCAUACUCUUAUGUGUCAAGUCAACCUAUUGGUAGAAGUUUAUAUAAAGAAAGAUAUCUUUACUUAUACAGAUCGAACAAAUGGAAUGUACUAGAAAAUUAUGCAAUCGAAAAGUUUUGUAACAAAAUUUCAAGAGUACCUUAUGUCGUUCAAUUUCAAAAUUUAAAAAAAACUUAUAUUAGAAUUACUCUUGUUGGAUGCCAUACACAUCCAGAUAAUGCGUAUGAUGAAAUAAAGGCAUUAGUGAAUAAUAUAUAUAAAGAUAUUAAAGCGAAAUUAGAGAAAAAAGAUAGGUUUUCUUUUUUAUUUAAUGUAUUUUAUUGUUUUGGAGGUUCAUGUAUCAGUUCAAAUAACAAUGAGCCUAUAAUUAUAAUGGGUGAUUUCAACGCUUCGGGUUCUUAUCUUAAUAAGACAAAGCAAACUAAACUGGACAAAAUAUUAAAGAAUAAUGAUCUGAUGUGGGGAAUUGGUCAUUCGAGUGAUACCACUGUUGCCUCAAAAUGCAAUGCUUAUAAUCGAUUUGUAUUUGAAAUUAAAAAUAAGGAAAGAUGGAUUGGAAAUACCAGAAUAUUCAAAUUUGACAAAAAAUUGAAUAAGAAAUUAUCUACGAGUGUUUCAGAUCAUUAUCCAAUUGAGUUUGAAUUGAAGUUGGAUAUAGCAUAA